AAGGAAACGGACUUUUGAAGCGCAUGGACAGUUAUCUGGUUGCCUAAAAACCGCACUUGACGUUGACGCACGGCCUGGUUCUACGCUCCGCACCAUCGCCAUUUCGACGGGUUAACGUCGCCGUACUGGCUUUGGAAUCGUCGCAAAGACGGUGGACUGUUCGAAGCACUGGUAAGACAGUGAUCUGUAGAACGUGAGCGAAACCACGUCCUCAAGCGAGGUCCAGCUCGCUUGCAACGACACUUGUUUGGAGUACUUUUUGGAGAGCUUUUGAUUGUCCAGAAGCACCUGGACUUGACUUCGACACCAACCCGAGCGAUAGUCGAGCAAUCUGAAACGUGGGGUGUACCGCUCCAUUUGAACCCUUGCGUACGAACGUGCGGUUGUCUUCCGCGAGUGGAGACAUGUCUGCCAUGUUAUCGGCAAAGUCUCCCGCACAAGCGGAGCAGGGACCAGCAACCAACGGAGUACAUCUAGGCUACAAUUUAAGCGACUUUGCUCUGUUAAAAACUUUGGGCACUGGGACUUUUGGACGAGUAUAUCUCGCGAGAUACAAGAACACGAACCAGUACUACGCCGUGAAGGUUUUGAAAAAGGUGGAGGUUGUCCGCCUAAAGCAGGUGGAACAUAUCAAUUCCGAAAAGCAGAUUUUGGCUCAGAUCAAGUUCCCGUUUAUCGUAAACAUGCUCUGUACCUUCCAAGAUGAGACGAAUCUUUAUAUGCUGCUGGAGUACGUAGUUGGGGGAGAACUGUUCUCGCAUCUCCGGAAGGCGGGAAAAUUCAGCAACGACAUGACACGAUUCUAUGCGGCGGAGAUUGUUUUGGCAAUAGAAUACCUGCACAGUCUUAAUAUCAUUUACCGUGACCUCAAACCAGAGAAUCUGUUAUUAGACGAUAGAGGACACAUCAAAAUCACUGACUUUGGAUUCGCGAAGAAGGUGGACGACAGAACGUGGACUCUGUGUGGCACUCCGGAAUAUUUGGCUCCAGAAAUUAUUCAUAGUAAAGGCCACGGUAAAGCGGUGGAUUGGUGGGCGCUCGGCAUUCUCAUCUUUGAAAUGCUUGCCGGCUACCCGCCUUUUUUCGAUGACAACCCGUUCGGUAUCUACGAAAAGAUCCUUGCCGGCAGGAUUGUCUUCCCAGCGCAUUUUGACGCCAACGCAAAAGAUUUAAUCAAGCGAUUACUCACAGCCGAUAGGACAAAACGGCUAGGGAAUCUAAAGGACGGAUCAGAGGACAUUAAGCGACACAAAUGGUUCCGUGGCGUAGAUUGGCAGGCACUUUUGAAUAGGGCCGUUCAGGCGCCCAUUGUUCCGGUGAUAUCGCAUCCGGGCGAUACGCGCAACUUUGAAUCAUAUCCAGAGUUGAUGGAAGAAGACCAGCAAUUGCAGGGAGUGGAUCCUUUCCGGAAUUUGUUUAAAGAUUUUUAAGAGCCGACAAAUCUUGCUCCGUUCUUGCUUCAUUUCAAGCCGAAUGACGCGACGACUGUUGUCUGUGGGCUCUGUAGGAUACUGAACAAGCGAUGGUGCACAAGGGCAAAGGAAACAAGGCUGAACAUUGUAUUUAGGAGCGGCAAACCUUUUUCUUGAGUUGCCUUUUAUCGUUUCUUUUAUUUUAUUUGUAGAGGAUUGUUGCAUAUUUAAGAGACUAUUGUUGAACAAUGCGAUCAUCUCCCGUUGCAAAAUAUGAGGCGAGGAUGGAAUGGAAGAAUAGUUAACUGUUUGGUCGGAAGAGGCCCAAGGAGAUAUAUUAAGGCAGAGUAUAAAGUGUAAUUUAGAUACGACACUGGUGGGAGACGUAUAUAUUCCAUGAAUCCUUUGCAAUGCUGCGUCCAAAAAAAGAAAAAGGAAUGUUAAAUUACAGCUUCUGUUGAUUUGGG